AUGUGUUCCACAAAUGAAAACUUUUUUAUCCCAAUGUUACAAAGAAACAGCAAAGAUCUCCCAGGGAUGACCCCCAGUGACUUGAAGACAUGCACUGAAGGAGCUGUGUUAAGUUUUCAUAACAUCUCCUAUCGAGUAAAAACAAGGAGUGGCUUUCUAUUUGGCCAGAAAACAGUAGAGAAAGAAAUACUAUCAAAUAUGAGUGGGAUUAUGAGACCUGGCCUCAAUGCCAUUUUGGGACCCCCAGGUGCAGGCAAAUCUUUGUUGUUAGAUGUCUUAGCUGCAAGGAAAGACCCAUGUGGACUAUCUGGAGAUGUGUUGAUAAAUGGAGAACCUCAUCCUCCCAAUUUUAAAUGUUAUUCAGGCUAUGUGGCACAAGAUGAUAUCAUGAAGGGCACACUGACAGUGAGAGAAAACUUACACUUCUCAGCAGCUCUUCGGCUUCCAACAACCAUGACGAGUCAAGAAAAAAAUGAGAAGAUUAAUGAGAUUAUUGAAGAAUUAGAUCUGAAUAAAGUGGCAGAUUCCAAGGUUGGAACUGAAUUUGGUCUGUCUGGAGUAGAAAGAAAAAAGACCAGUAUUGGAAUGGAGCUGAUAACAGAUCCUUGCAUCUUAUUCCUGGAUGAGCCUACUAAUGGUUUAGACUCAAGCACAGCACAUGGUAUAUUUUUACUCCUGAAAAGGAUGUCUAAGCAGGGACGAACAAUCAUCUUCUCCAUUCAUCAGCCUCAGGAUUCCAUCUUCAAGAUGUUUGAUAGUCUCACGUUACUGGCCUCCAGAAAACUGGUGUUCCAUGGUCCUGCAAGUGAGGCUGUGCAGUACUUUGCGUCAUCAGGUUACAGCUGUGAACCCUACAACAAUCCUGCUGACUUUUUCCUGGAUGUGAUUAGUGGAGACUCCUCUGCUGUGCCAUUAAACAGAGAGGAAGAAGACUGUGAAGCCAAUGAGACUGAAGAACUUUGCAAGAGAAAAAAAUCAGUCAGAGAAAAUUUAGCAGAAUUUUAUGCCAAGUCCUCCAUGUGCAAAAAAAUAAAAGAUGAUUUAGAUCAACUCUCAGGAGAUCAGAAGAAGAGCUUAGUAGUCAAGAAGACCAGCCAUGUCACGCCUUUCUGUCAUCAAUUCAAAUGGAUUGCCUGGCGUACAUUCAAAAACUUGUUGGGUGAUCCUCAAAUCUCUAUAGCUCGGGCAACUAUCCCAUUCAUAGUGGGAGUGGUUAUUGGUGGCAUUUUCCUUGGGCUAAGAAAUCAUUGCACUUUAUUCCAGAAUAGAGCCUCAAUACUCUUUGUGCUGACAAUCUACCAGAGUUUCAGCUUCUUGGCGGCAGUGGAAACAUUCGUGUUAGAGAAGAAGCUCUUUAUGCAUGAGUAUAUCAGUGGAUACUACAGACUGUCCUCUUAUUUCUUUGGAAAAUUACUAUGUGAUUUACUAUGCAGGAAAUUGUUACCAAGCAUUAUAUUUAAUUGUAUAUUGUACUUCAUGUUAGGUUUGAAACGAGCAGUGGGAGCUUUCUUAAUCAUGAUGUUUUCCCUUAUGAUGGUGUCUUGUUCAGCCCAUUUUUUGGCACUGGCCAUUGCAGCAGGUCAGGGUGUGGUGUUUUUAACAACACGUCUUAUGGACAUCUAUUUUGUGUUUAUGAUGAUUUUUUCAGGUAUCACAGUAAAUCUUAGAACCAUGGCACCUCGACUUGUGUGGCUUCAGUACUUCAGUAUUCUGUAUUAUGGCUUCACGGCUUUGCAACAUAAUGAAUUUUUGGGAGAAGACUAUUGUGUAGGACUCAAUACAGAAGAAAGCAGUAGCUGUCCCAACUAUGUAAUAUGUACUGGUGAAGAAUUCUUGACAAUCCAGGGCAUUGAUCUCUCAUCUUGGGGUUUGUGGAAGAAUCAUGUGGCUUUGGCUUGUAUGAUGUUCAUCUUCGUCAUCAUUGCCUACAUAAAAUUGUUUUCUCUUAAAAAAUAUUCUUAAAUUCCACUAUAGUUUACCAUGAGUUAUUCUCACAUUAAGAGGAGCACCAUGAUUUAUUUUAAUUCUGAUGUGGAUUUUAUAUUGUAUUCUGUUCACUUGCUGUCAAUUGUUGUUCAGCAUGUUAUUUUCUAUAGAUCUAUUCAAACAAUCAUGAGAAACUGAAACUUAUAAAAAUAAAUAAAUAUAAAUAAAUAAAUAAAUAGAUAGAUAGAUAGAUAAAAAUAAAAAAUUGAAAUAACCCAAGCCAAAAACUAAGGAUGUUACGUAUUGCAAAUUAUUUCAUCUUAUCAAACAAUAUCUUCAAGGAAGCAAUCUACUAUAACUUACUGAUCUGAAAAAGAACUGAAUCCUAGAAAAAGAACUGAAUCCUAGAAGCACUUAACAAAUUACUAAUAUCUCUGCCUUCAGUUUCUUCGUCUUUUAAGGGAAUAGGUAGGCUAUUCCUAAACUAAACUAGUUGCCCUCUAGUUUUUAUAGCCUAUGAAUCUAUGGUAUCCCAUUGUUUCCUAAAUAACAAGUGUAUUAAUGCUGUAUUAGAAAUAAGAAAUCUAAAAUAUUUUCAAAAACCUCAUGUUAUUUCUAGUGUUAAAAACCAUGCUGAUAAAACAUAUCUCUGAUCAGCUUAUUAAGGAUGAUGACACUUAUUCCUCUCCAGGGGAGCUGUAUUAUCUCAGGAAACUUGGCUGGGUCUUAGGCUAUAGGUAGAGUACAGGGCCAGGGAUCUGGUAAUAAUGGCACUUGUGUCAUUCUGGGGCAUUCUGGCUCUGAGAAGUCAUUCCAGGAAUAGCUCAGUAGUGUAUAAUAACUUGUGCAUCAGAUUUCCCUGAGGAACUUGACUGAGACUCUGCUGUCUGGUCCCUGCCUUGUCCCACUGCACCAGAACCUGCGCAGCGGCCUCCACAGAGAACUGACCACUGCGGGACUCGGUGAUUCCCAAGAUGCUUUCCACUUUAAAAGUUCUGGACUUGUUAUUUGUUAAUGGUUAUAUCUGUCUCUGUGCAGGUUCCUGUGCUACUUGUCCACCACAUUAUUUCCAUAUGUUGUUUUCACUCCAACCUUUCUGGUAAUAGAGAAGCAUUUUUUAAACUCCUUUUUUAUGGAGAGGUAGUGUGACAUGAAGUACAGUUCUGUGAAUUACCUUAAAAUGAAGACACGUGUAUCCACCACUCCAGGUCAAUAAGUGGAGUUUGCCCAACACACUGAAGCUCCUAAUGGCCCUCUCCCAGUUACUGCUUUCUCUUGUUACCAUGGGUUGUUCUGAAAUGAUGCUGUGUGUUCCUCUCUGUUGCUCGAAUCAGAGCAUAAUAUGGCUCUUGUGUGUACAGGUGCAGACUUGCAUCUUCCUCAUACUUUUUAAUAAAAUUUUAAUUUUAAAUAACUUUAUGUUUAUAGAAAGUUGCAAAGAUACAGUGGAAAGUUCCCAUGUGUACGUUUAUAUUUCUUUAAUUUUAGCAAAUGGUAUAUAUGAAACAAAGCUAAGUAGUUACCACUGGACAUUAUUGUUAAUUAAACUACACUUCUUUUUCAUAUGUCACCAAUUUUCCACUCAUUUCUUUUAUUGUUCCAGGAUUCAAUUCAGGAGAUCCCAUGACAUCCAGCUCCCCUUUUUAUAAGCAAAUUCUUACAAGAGUUAAGAGAGCUGACAAUCACUAGUGGUCAUUUUGGGGUUUCCUUCAGCCUCUCAGUGGGGACAAAGCUCUUAUAUUUAGAUUUUUAAGGGAAAAAUUUUUUCUAUGAUUAAUGUAUCAUUUCAUAAGGUAUUGUCAGAUUAUCCUGGUUAUUAUGUGAACAUAAAGGUCAAUAGAGUUUU